UCAUCACUUCCAGAUCCUCGUGAUUCCUAAACACACCCAGCCACCGCCACCACCACUUAACCUCUGACCACCCAUUAUACACGCCUUCAUCAUCACGUGACCACACACAGCUCGGUAGCCAAAGCCAGGACCAGCUUCAGCCUUUCCACAGAUAUGCCAUGAGGGGGCAGCAAAGCAGGUCCUCCGUGCUCUGCCAGGGUGAGGGGUAAUUCCUCUACCACCUGAAGGUUCAGGAGAGGAAGAGUGAGACUUGCCCACCUCCCAGCACCUAACCCACCACCACUCCGUCAAAACACCCGCCACUUAACAUAGUAUCUCCAUAGCUUUACCUGUAUUGGCUAAGGACAGGUGUGCAGGAGAUAAACAACUUGAUAAGGAGCCAUUGAAAAAGUAAACUGAUGUCAGAGAGUGAUGGAGAGUGGAGUCCGUGGGGUGGUGAAGAAGAGGAGCUGGAGCAGCCUUUGAUUCGAGACCCAAAGACACACUCCCAGCAGAGGUCAGAGGCAGCCAUGGGGGACGCAGUCCUCACCUCACCCCUGGUGGGCAGCCGUCCGGCACGUGCUCCCCAGUACUUCACUGCUCUCUCAGCCACUCUUGGAGCAUUUGCAAUGGGUACUGUGCUGGGCUACUCCUCCCCUGCCGGUGCCCAGCUGAUAAACAAUCCCACUCAUGAUUUUGUGCACCUGGACAAGAGUCAGAACUCACUGUUCUCCUCCAUCAUGAAUGUGGGAGCCCUGGUAGGUGGGCCGGUGGGUGGCCUGUGCCUCAACAAGCUGGGGCGGCGCGGCACCAUGCUGGCCUCUGUCGUGCCCUUCAUCAGUGGCUGGCUCAUCAUUACAUUUGCUCAAAACUUUGCCAUGCUGCUGGUGGGACGUGUGUUGACAGGACUGUGUUGUGGCAUCACCUCCCUCUCUGUGCCAACCUACAUUGCCGAGUACUCCUCGUCGGACAUCAGGGGAACGCUGGGAAGCAGCUUUCAGUUGAUGGUGACGCUGGGCUUGCUGUACUCCUACGUGCUGGGGGCUGUGUUGCCAUCCUGGCGCCUGCUGGCCGGCCUGUGCAUCAUUCCUGUCACCCUGUAUGCCAUACUCAUGUUCUUUGCCAAGGAGUCCCCAAGCUACCUGCUGUUCAAGGGCAAGGAGGAUCAGGCUGCAGCAUCUUUGCAGUACUUCAGAGGAAAGGACAGCCACAUUCAGACUGAGCUGGACAUGCUGCGUGCGGCAAUGGAGGAACGGCAGCAGAGCACAGCCUCCUGCUCAGACCUGCGCAAGCCAUACAUCCUCAAACCGUUCUUCAUCUCCUUGAGCCUCAUGUUCUUCCAGCAGUUCUCGGGCGUCAAUGGCGUCCUCUUCAACCUGACCAUCAUUUUCAGUAGUGCUGGCUCCAACAUACCAGAUGACGUGAGCUCCAUUGUGGUGGGCGCAGUGCAGGUGAUGGCAACCUUCCUGGCCACAGUGCUCAUGGAUAAGGCAGGGAGAAAGCUGCUACUCAUUGCCUCCUCCUCCAUCAUGGCCUUGUCAUUGGUUGCUCUGGGUGAGUUUUUCUACAUGAAGACAGAGGAUGCUUCAUGGGCCACAAAGACCUUGGGCUGGCUGCCUCUGGUGUCCCUCAUGGUGUUCAUCUUCUCAUUCUCAAUUGGUUAUGGCCCUAUUCCCUGGCUUAUGAUGGGUGAACUCUUCUCUCCUGAUGUGAAGGAGAUGGCAGCCAGCCAGGCCACCAUGUUCAACUGGACUCUUGCCUUUUUGGUCACCUUUAUUUUUGCUCCACUUGAAUCUGCUCUUGGUGAUGCUGGCCUGUACUGGGUGUUCUCUGCACUGUGUGUGGUGAACUUGGUGUUCUGCAUCACCGUGGUGCCUGAGACUAAAGGCAAGACCCUGGAGGAGAUCACUGCCUCCUUUGGUGCGCCAGCCCCCUCAGUGACAAUAGGGAGACGCAACUCCUCUGACUGUUGAUGCUUGGUUGUCCAUAAUACGGCUGUGAGGCUUGAGUGGGCUGUUUCUAAGUUCAGCUGUGUAUCAGGGAAGACAAUGAACAAUAUCAGAAUUGCACAGAUGUGAUACCUAAGUAAGUUCAUGAACGAGUGAGUUUUCAGUAUUCACGAAUCUUUUCUUGGUUGUGUGUGCCCUUUUGCUGUUAGUGAUAUUUAUUGAUUACUUAAUUUUGUUUCUUAUAUUUUAUCUUAUUUCAUUUAUUUAUGCUUAUUUUUAUUUAUUUGUUUAUUUAUCUUAUUUUAUUUUAUUUAUUUAUUCAUUAAUUUUUUUUUGCAUAUUUCACAUUAUCCAAUUACUGUAUAAUGAUGAGAAGGCACAGUGAGGGUACAAGGAUAUAUGAAAAUAUAUGAAGAACCUUAGUUGGAAUUAGCUGCACUAGAAGGGAUAAAAUUUCAUCAUAUAUACCCUCAGUGAGGCUCCAUCCCACUAAGACCUCAAUGCUUUGCUGUCCCACCUCGACUAUUUUCAAAGGCCUCAGAGAUGAUUAUUUGAGUUCUGAAGGCUGUUUCACCUUUUUAGUAAUGUAAAAUUCUUGUUAAUAUGUUACUAUAACCAUAAAAACAAUCUUUAAAACUCCAAGCUGCUUCAUCUCGAGCAUUUUGAAAGUAGUGGAGGUGCGGUGCAGAAGUGUUUCAGAAUAUGGUCAUAAUCUGUGUGCAGCAAACUACUGACCACUUUUGUCAUGCAGAAGGAAAGGCAGCUAAACUUCCAUAACUAAUUUUUAUGCAAAGUAUCACAGUUUUGUGUGUCUCGUUGCUUUUGUUACCCAUAAUUUGGUAAUUUGGUUGAUAUUAUUACAUACUAUAAUUUGCUUCCUGUUGAUGCCAUUUAUUUCUAUCAUUAUUUUUACCUAGGUUAAUUUUUUUCAUGUACUUGUAUAUGGUUUUAGAAGAAUGUGUGUGCAGUGAAGAUGCUGCUGCUGAUAGGCAUGCACAUUCCUGUACAUGGUGAAUACAAGGGCUUCAUUGCUGCCAUUGAGGAUAACGGACAAAACAGACCUACUUAAAUGUGAAUUUUUUAAUAAGUAUAACAAAUUUACCAGAAUUGAUUACUGGUAGAAUGUCGUAUACUUCAAUAACUAUGUAUAAGAGAAAUUCUUGCCAUUAUAUCUGUUUGGGACCAAAGCAGCACAGUACAUAUCUUCGUUAACACUUAUUUACUGAUGGAUGAACAAGAGGACAGUUUUGGGCUGGGCUUACCUAUAUUAAUUAAGAGGUAUUCUUGUGUUUUAAUUGCACUAGUUUUCUUAAACAGUAGUAAAUAUUAUUUUGGUUUUCAUGCAUGUCUUCCCAAUUCAAGAAUUCUGCACAAUCGCCAAGAAAGAAAAGCAGUGAAAACUUGAUUAAUCAUCUCUUUUGUCCUUGAAAACCUGGAUUCUUAAGAUGUAAGAGACAAGAAUUGUUAUUUGAUUUUUACAUGAGUAUUACAUGAACCGAAGUCAGUAUUCACAACCAAAUGUUGCUGUUAUGUAUAUAUAUAUAUAUAUAUAUAUAUAUAUAUAUAUAUAUAUAUAUAUAUAUAUAUAUAUAUAUAUAUAUAUAUAUAUUAUACUUUAUUUAGUGUGCCUGUAUACAUUUGCGGUGUCACCAACUCCAGAAAUGAUGACUUACUGAACAAAGAGCAUCAGUGUGACCUCGAGAAAACUUAAAUCAUUCUUAAACAUUAAUGAUUUCUUGAAAUAUCUUUACAUAAAUCUUUAUCUUUUUCGUGUUGAUUUUAUUUUAUUUCACUUGUAAACGUGCUUUUUUUUUUUUUUAGGAUUCCUUUGAUAUAUUUGUGUGCAUUAUACUCUGUGCACACAAAUCAUAAAAUGUGGGUUUUGAUGUGCAAUAUGUCACCCAAAGAAUCCUCCCAAGCCUGUGUUGUGCCCCGUAAAAGUGGCUUACAAAACCAUGCUGCUGGGGAUCCAUAGAUCUCAGCCAUGUGUCCCGCUCCUCGCACACCACUAUCAGUCACCCCACAGAUCUGAGCCCUGUCUCCUGGCCCCCCACCCCCCAUACACACACACACACCCCUCAACCCCAACACCAGACAUCUCCCAUCCUGCCAGCUGGGUCCACCACCUACACACUGCUCGCCCUUUUACUCAGGUUCUCUCAAGUAAAACCUAUCAAAAUAUUACGUUAUUUUGUCAUUCCCAUGACUUCCCCUCCUACCUUACCUACAUACUCUUACUUAAAUACUUUUAUUCUGUAAAAGUGCUCUCUCUCUCUCUCUCUCUCUCUCUCUCUCUCUCUCUCUCUCUCUCUCUCUCUCUCUCUCUCUCUCUCUCUCUCUCUCUCUC